AUGACUCCUAGGAUGAACAUGAAUAAAUUUGUUGCUCUGGUGGAUACUUCCAAAGUUUUGGAAGGUCUCAAGAAGCAUUAUGUGACGCCUCCAUCAUGUUUGAGCUUUCCUAAGAUGGAAAUAAUCUUCAAUAUUCUCACUGAUAACGUCUCCCAAGUUAAAUUGGUUGCUCUGAAGGUUGACGUCUCAGAGGUGGGUUUGAUCAAAGUAUUCAAGAAUGACACAGUCAUUGAGGCUAGUGAUAAAUAUGAAACAGAUGUGGAUGUCAGUGUAAUUGAUGUUGCAACUGAUGAGGAAUGGAUCAAUACGGGUGACAAUAAUGAUGGUCAACCAUAUUGA